CUGAUAAGAAGAUAUUUGAGACUCCCGUACAAUCCGAGUAGAAGAAGACACAAUCUCUGCAGACUGACAAAAGUAAUAUGGUAUUUGGGUCAUACGUUUGUGUUCUUCUUUUGGGACUAUUCCCUUUUGUAAUAGAGGGCGCAGUGAUCGGCCAUGAGAAUGGUGUUGACGAGGUUUCCGAAGAUGUAGCGGGCUGUGUAUACAAAGGUAACACGUACAAGAUUGGGGAACACAUGAAUACCAGCCCAUGUUCCCCCUGCACGUGCACUGACGGCGGGAGGAGGAUGUGCAUGGCUAUUGACUGUGCGCCUCCCAUGUGCGUCAACCCUGUGCGGAAACCUAGCCAGUGCUGCCAGACCUGCCCAGAUGGAAACAACUGUAAAUAUAAGGACGUAAUCAUCAAAGCCGGGGAGAAGUACCAGCCGGACCCCAACACUGUGUGCAGCUGUUCUACUGACUUCUCGUACCUGUUCGGCCCGCAUGGACACGAAGCUCUGUGUUUGCAUAGGGCUACUGACGUCAAGGCCGUCAACGUGGUGUAGCUACUUUUAUCUGACUGCCCCAGACGCGAACCCCACCGAUUCUUGAAAAAAAGUUUUAUUUGAGUCAAA